AUGUCGACAGGCUUGCGAGCACUGGAGUAUGCCUCGGCCAUACUUAUUGUGUUUUUUUCUAGUUGCAUAUUUCUGGCACGUCGUUUGAGGCAGAGGUUGUUCGUAGAAACCACUGGUGUCAAUGACUUUCCUUAUCUCGGACAAGCGCGUCCUGAACACGAGAAACUCAAAGGCACGGUCGUGAUAUGUGGCGGGAGCAUUGCCGGACUUUUGUCUGCUCGUGUAUGCCACAACCAUUUCGAACGCGUCAUAAUUGUAGAACCUGAACCAUGGUUAGCCACUGAAGAGGCACGAACAACUCAAGCAUGGACACAACAGCAAAACCGCUCUCGGGUUGUGCAAUAUCACUCCGUACAGGGUCAGCAGGCCCUAAACUUGACAGCUUAUAGAGCACUGUUCCCCCAUUUUGAUGAACUAGCCAAAGAAUCUGGGAUCCGGAUUGCUGCAUCUGACCUUAAGUUGUGUAUAUCAGGACGUUUUCCAGGAGCCCCGUAUGAUGAAUAUCCAAAUGGAUUACCAGAGACAUGUUUCACAAGUCGUCAGGGCCUCGAAACGCUGAUCCGUCGACUUGUCCUAGACCAGACCAGGUAUCCUAAUAUUGAAUACAUCGUUGGAACCGUCUCAGAGUAUCAUGGUGAUCCGAAUAAUUCUUCAGCAAUACAGAAAGUCACUGUACGGGAUGAUAAUGGAACAACUGAUAUAAAUACCGAUUUGGUUAUUGACUGCACAGGCGCAUUCCACACAGGGAUUAAGAUGCUGAAGCACGCAGGGUAUGGCUCAGCUGAUCCUUACCCAAAGGGCAAGCUCCCUCUCGACGACAUCAAAAUCUCAUACGACCCGAAAAUGUUCUACUCAACUCUCGAACUAACAGUCCCCCCGAAACUGGCGAAGCGGCUACCGAUACCAGGUGGGAUCGACAAUCACCCAGGUAUUGCAAUGUGUAUCAGUAAUGCUCAGAAGGAUUGUAAAAUGUUAUAUAUAAUCGGUGCUGAUGGCCCAUACCGAAUUCACAUAAGUCCCGGUGCCUGGGGUAUGUCUGAUCUGCCCAAGACUAUCGAUGGCGUGAAGAAGUUUGCUCGUUCGAUGGUCAUGGACGUGCCCCUUCCAGAUUGGCUUUUCCAGGUACUGGACAUGCUGGAAGAAGAUCCUCAGGUUCAAGAAACAAUGACUGUCAGCUAUGUACGCGUUCCUCCUGCUUGCUACUACCGCUUCCAUAUGGCCACGAACUUGCCCUCGAAUUGGGUUGCACUAGGGGAUAGUGUUAUGCGCAUUAAUCCUGUAUUCGGAACUGGUAUAGCGAAGACUAUCUAUGGUCUGCUUUCUUUGAGCCGGAUUCUAAGGACUGUUCCUUCUGCGGCCUCAAGCUCAAGUACGGACUCGGCUGUACUGCCUUCCGACUUCUCCUCCAAGUUCUUCGAUAUUCAGAGGCCAAGGAUUGAGAGUUUCUGGACCUCUACGAAAGAUGCAGAUUAUGCUCGGCCUACUACCAUACGUGUUCCUGGUGAGAAUGUAAACACCGGUUCUUUCAUGCGUUGGUAUAUCCGUAGAUUGCGAAUCGUAUCUCUCACAGACAAGGAAACGAACUCCAAGUUCUGGCACAUUUCUAAUUAUUUGGCGCCUGGAAUAGAUGCGCUACAUCCUAGUUUGGUCCUCAAGGUUUUAUGGAGUUAUAUCAAGUCUAGCGUUGCCUGA